AUGGUUCGCGAGUUGUUAAGUAGCGACUCGUCCGAUAGCGAGGACGGGGCGGCGGAGAUCCUAUCAAAGCCGGCGCUCAAGGUCAACGAGGAAUACGCCCGGCGCUUUGAGCAUAACAAAAAGAGGGAGGAACUGGCGAGAUUGGAAGAAAAACUCGGCAAAUCCUCCACGGCUCGAAAGCGCAAGCGAGACGCAGCCGACGAUGUGGGCAGUGACGAAUCUGGUUCUGAUGAGUCGACGAGCGAGUCCGAAGAUGAAGGGGAGUUUGCUACCGAGGCGCUUGACAGCGAGAUCAUGGCUACCAUCAAUGCCAUUCGUUCGAAAGACCCCCGAGUCUACGAUGCGUCUACCACAUUUUAUUCUCAGGCCGACGAUGAGCAAGAGGUGAACGCCAAGACCAAGAAGGAGAAGCCAAUGAAUUUGCAAGACUACCAUCGACAAGUUCUGCUUAAUGGCGGUACAGUCAAAGACGAAGAAGACGCUGCUCCGUUGUCAUACAAUCAAGAGCAGGAACAACUGAAGAAAUCAAUCAUUAGUGAAAUCCACGCAGCUGCGGCCCAGUCCGAUGAUGGAGGUGAGGAAGAUGGCACCGGCGAGAACAAAUUCUUGGUUGCGAAACGCAAGGAGAAGCCAUCUAAGAAGCAGCAGCCUGUUUUAGACGUUGAAACCGCGGACAAAGACCCUGAGACAUUCCUGUCAAAUUUCAUGGCCUCGAGGGCCUGGGCAACUUCAGAUGCUGCGUCCCUUCACCCCUUUGAAUCGGAUGACGACGACGAGGAGCGCCGAGCAGAAGAGUUUGAAGAAGCAUACAAUCUCAGAUUCGAAGAUCCGGAGAAAUCGAACGAGAAGCUGCGCUCGCACGCGAGGGAUCUGGCCGCGAAAUACUCGGUGCGGAGGACCGAGGCAAACCCGAGACAGAAGAAGAGAGAGGCCGAAAAGGCCCAGAAAGAAGCUGAGAAGCAGUUACGGAAAGAAGAGAAAGCUCGCCUGCGUAAGCUGAAAAUUGAAGAGCUCGAGGAGAAGGUGCGGAGAAUCAAGCGGGCCGCUGGUAUCAGGAGCAAGGAUAUCCGGCCUGAGGACUGGUCGCGUUUCGUCGACGGCGACUGGGACGAUGCGAUGUGGGAAGAGGAAAUGCAGAAACGCUUUGGUGAUGAAUACUAUGCUGAGCAAGAUGCUGCGAGCGACAGCGACACAGAGGGGAAGCGGAAGCCUCGGAAGCCCAAGUUCGAGGACGUCAUCGACAUAAAAGAUAUAGUUCCCGAUUUCGAGGAGAACGAGACGGCGGAUUUCAGCUUGACAGAGGAGGAAAAGCCGGCAAAGAGGCGGAAGAAGAACAAAAAAGCGGAGGAGGACGACAAGAGAGACGCCAGGCGGGAGCGAAGGAUUAUCGAACAACUGGUCGAUGACCAACUCCAGAUGGAACUUGACGCAUCCGUGCCAAACAACAAGAAAGCCGCCGGGUUCAGAUAUCGAGAGACAUCACCAAAGAGCUUCGGUCUGACCGCCAGAGAUAUCUUGUUAGCCGAGGACAAAGCCUUGAAUGAGUUCGCCGGCCUGAAGAAGCUGGCAUCUUUCCGCGAUCCCGAGAAGAAACGGAAAGAUGCAAAGAACUUGGGGAAGAAAGCGAGGCUGAGGAAAUGGCGCCUGGACACGUUUGGUAAUGAGGAAGGUCUCAAUGCGAGCAAUUUGAUCCCGCCGCAGCUGGACAACCAAGAGAAGGUCGACGAAGAUGAGGGUGGAGUUGACAUAAAGACCGAAGGAAAGAAGAAAAAGAAGAGAAGAAAGAGCAAGAAGGCGAAGGUGGAAGUCGAUGCUGUUGCUGGAUGA